AUGGCCGAGGGAUUCAAAUUAUAUCACUACGACCCUUCUGCUAGCUCUGCCGUCGCUUUUGCAGCAGUCUUUGGACUCACUGCCGCCAUCCAUAUUUGGCAAUUAGGUCGGAACCGAACCUGGUACUUCAUCCCAUUUAUCAUUGGUGGUCUAUUUGAGGCGUUCGGCUACUUGGCAAGAUAUGCCAGCGCACAGGAAGCCCCGGAUUUCACCACCAAGCCGUACAUUGCACAAAGCUUGAUGCUCCUGUUAGCACCUGCAUUCUUUGCGGCUUCCAUAUACAUGAUUCUUGGCCGUAUCAUUCGUCUGCUGGACGCAGCCUCAUGUUCCCUAGUUAGGCCGUCAUGGUUGACUAAGAUAUUUGUGACGGGAGAUGUGUUAUCAUUUUUCAUCCAGAGUGGAGGAGGUGGCAUGCUUGCUACCGCGAAGGACAAGUCGAAAGUAAACCUCGGAAACAACAUGAUUGUUGCCGGACUUUUUGUUCAAAUUAUAUUCUUUGGCUUCUUUAUUGUUAUUUGCUUGGUUUUCCAUCGCCGCAUGCUAUCUACACCUUUGCAUGCUGUGGGAGACACUCAAAUUCCCUGGACCCGUUAUAUGAAGGUUCUUUAUACGGCCAGCGUCUUGGUCUUGGUCCGAUCAAUCUACAGAGUGGCAGAAUAUGUCCAGGGCAGCGACGGAUUUCUCCAAAGCAAAGAGGCAUUCAUAUAUGUAUUUGAUGCGGCGUUGAUGUUUGCUUGCUGUCUGCUUUUCAACUUCUUCCACCCAAGCAAGAUUCUCUCGGGUUAUCACAAAACUCAGGACGAAUCGGAUGUAGAAUUGAUGAAUCAAGGUGGUUAUACCGGAUAUAUGGGACAGACCAGGUACGGCAGUCCCCAUUAA